GAUUCCAGCUCAAGGGAAGUGGGGGGUUGCGGGUGUGACCUUUCAUUCAACGCUGACUUUAAACCAAUCCUCAACUUGCUCACCAGCUGUAACCUCCCACCACAGAGGAGCUCAGUGUUUGAGACAGUGGAAGCAGCACCACAUGGACUACAGUACAGCAGUGGAGUAACAACAUUCCUCUCCCUGACAGGAGAAGGUCGCAGAUCAAAAUGGCACAGUGGAUUUUCCUAAUAAAAGGUUGCCUCGGCUCUAAAGUGUACUCUGAGGUCCCAGAUGGUGGUUGGGGUUGGAUUGUGGCUGUAGCCUUUUUCUUGGUGGAGGUGUUCACUUACGGGGUUAUCAAAGUAAAGAGAGCAAGAACAGAAGAACGGGCUCUGCUCCGUCCCAUAGUCAUCAAACCAAAGAUUUUUCCAGCAGGAACUGACCAGAAGAUCACAUGCUCUUUUCCUGAAGAACAAAUGCAAGGCUCUGCUAGCUAUAAAGAUUCAGCUGUACAGUCUCUUGAUGAGCUGAAAAAGGGGCUCAAAUCUGGGAAGGAACAGAAAGAAGCGGAACCACUUCAGAUCUCUCCAAAACAAGCCGUGUCAACCAAAAAUAAGCUCCUGGAUUUGACUGUACUAAAAGAAGGCAGUUUCUUAUGUUAUUCAGCCUUUGGCCUUUUUGCAACACUGGGCUUUUUCGCCCCACAGCUGUAUUUGGUGGAGCUCAGUACAAGUUUGGGUACCGGGAGGGGCAAGGCUGCCUAUAUGCUGUCAACACUGGCCAUUGCUGAGAUCUUUGGACGUCUCUCCAUUGGAUGGGUCCUGAACUGGGGGCAUAUCAGAAAGAUCUUCAUACUUCUAGGAUGUAUCUCACUGAUGUCCCUGGUGCUGGUGUUGUUUACUGUGGUUAAUGGCUUCUGGGGGCUGGCAGUGUGCUGUGUGCUUUACGGCUUCUUACUUGGGAACAUUGCAUCCACGCACAUCCCGAUGUUGGCCGAGGAUGAUGUCGUAGGGAUCCAGAGGAUGCCUUUAGCUGUAGGCGUCUACAUCUGUAUUCAGAGCUUUGCAGGACUGGCUGGUCCACCAUUAGGAGGUGUCCUUGUGGAUGUUACGCAAAAUUACAGGGCUGCAUUCUACUCCUGUGCUGCUGGAAUGGGACUAGGUGCCAUCUUCCUUGGGUUCGUUCGUCCAGCUAAGACAGGUCAACUGUGCUCAAGGAGGGACAAUGGACAGAAUAACACCAUAGUGGAGCAAGUGUCCAAAGACAAACUGGAGGAAAUUCUAGAAGUGGAUAAUCAAGAUAUUAAGUCUUGACUUCCUUUCUGAAUUUAGCAUAACUUUAGGUACUAUCAAACCUAUAACUAAAAUAUAGCAACAUUAUGAUUCAUAAUAAUCACUCAAUGGGUUCGUUCACCCAAAAAUGAAAAUUCAGUCAUCAUUGACGCACAAGAACCAAUUAGGUCCUUUUCUCACUUUUCCCCAAGUGCUCUUGAGUUUACGUUUACCAUAUUUUAGGUGCUCUAUGUAUGUAUGUUGAUGUUAAUAUGUGAAUAAAAUGAAAGCCUUGUUGGUUUGGAAGUUGGAAUGCCAUGAGGUUGUGUAAAUGUUGACAGAAUUCAUUUUUGGGUGAACUAACCCUUUAAGAUGUACAAAGUUUCUACACCGAGAUCAUACAGGUGAUGAUCAUAGUACACUAUAUUAGCAAUAGCUGUCAAGACAACUAUGAUUAGACUUGAAAAACACAGUUAUGGACAUUUGUAAUACUAAACAUUAAGUAUUUUGUUGAUUAAAAUCCUAGAUGCAAAAGACACACACACACUGUGUAACAGGAAACCACAUUUUCGUGGUUUUAGUGAUUAUAGGCAAGGGGUGAUUACUAGGCACUGAUGGGUAAAGCAAUGACCAAUAAUAAUGCUGAAUUCAGCAACUAAGGUUAAACUAUGUAAAUGUUAUAGAAAAGUGUUAGAAAGAGGUAUUUGAUACUUUAUUUUUAAAAGGAACCUUGUUUAUAUACUUGCAAAAAAGCAAUGGAUUGAGCAUAUACAGCUCACCUCAGGUCAACUUUCAACUACAACAUCUGUCUCUUUAAUGGUACUAAAACCAGGUAAACAACUUUAUUAAUGCAAAUAGUGUCUGUUUAGAGUAUUGUU